GCACCAGCGCAGAGUGGGAGCCAGGCGGCGCCGGGCGUGCCCCCUCCCCCGCAGCAGCUCUCGGAGGCACAGGGGGAAGCGCAAGCCCUGCAAGCCCUUGCAGGGGGCAGCUGCAGCAGCAGUGGCGGGGAUGGCGAGAACACCGGCGGCAGCGCCAACGGCAGCGCCAACGGCAGCAGCAAAGGCAGCCGCAGCGGCGACACAUGCGGCGGGGAGGCUUUUGUGCGGGAGCCUGGCGCUGGCCGGGCUGCUAGUGCAGCCGGCGGCGUGAAGCCCGGUUGCACGCCGGAUGGGACCGUCGGGAGGCGCGCGGGCGCUGCUGACGAGGAGGCGGCCGGCGCAGGCGCCGGUGGUGGCGAUGGGGUGUGCGGGGCCGCGUCCGCAGCGCCCGCCUCGCCCGUGCGCACCGGAAUGGUGGCGGCAGUGGCGCGGCGCUGGCAGAGCCAGGCGCCUGCGCCCCAGCCACAGCGACAAAAGCAGGGCGGAAAGCAGGCGGGCCGAAAGAGCCACAGCGGGCAGCAGUUGCAGCAGCAGAAGCAGGAGCAGCAGCAGCAGCAGCAGGGGGAGGCUGCGCCGCAUGUGAACAUGGACCAGCAACCGCCAGGUCAGCAGCAGCAGCAGCAGCAGCAGGUGGGGCACGGGCACGGGCAAGGGCAGGGGCAGGAGACGCAGCAGCAGGAAACACAUCAACCAGAGCGACAGCAAGAUUGCAAGCAGCUGCAGGAGCACAAGCUGGAAAAGCAGCAGCAAGACGAUCAUCAACAUCAUCAUCAACAGCAGCAACAGCCGCCACCGCCGCUGCCAUCGCAGCAGCAGCCGCCGCAGCAGCAGGAGGGCGACAGGCAGAGCCAUGAACACCAGCAAAAAUUGGAAGAGCAUCAGCCCACUGCCACAGCGGUGCAGCAAGCCCAGCACCAGAAGCCGGCCGUGUCCCCGCAGCGUAAGCCGCAGCAGCGGCCGCAGGCGCCUCGGCAGGGCCCGCCGCCGCUCCCCCUGCCGUCCCCGCCGCAGCUGCGGCAGGGACCGCGGCCGCAGGCGCCCGUGGCUGGCGAGCAGCCAGACAGCCCUGUGCGCGGCGGCGUCGCGCUGCGGCGAUUCACACAAGAGCCCGCUGCAGCUGGGGACCCCCCUUCAUCCCCUGGCCCCGCGAGCCCAGGCGGCCGCGCCGGCGGCUGGCGCAUCACUAGCAGCCGUGCCGGCAGCUUUGGAGGCGCCGGGGCCGGGUGGGGAGCGGUCGGUCCUGCGGCGGCCAGCUCGGGCGCAGCCGGCGGCAAGCUGGCACCUGGGCCGGCGUCUCCGAAACGGCCGCUGAUGUCAGCUAAGGGCCGUGCGGCGGGUGUGGCAGCGCGCGGCGGCAACGGCGCUCUGGGGAGCAGCGACAACAAGGGCGAGCCGAAGUGA